UCUCCACUCUAAUUGACCUUUCGCCAGCGUUUGAUUGACAGACAAUCUGACCAAUCAGAAUGCUCCUAAUACCGAGUUCAUGGAUGUCCACCAUUUUGUUCGACAUCGAUCACGGCAACAACACAGCUGUUAAUUCGGCUGAUUAGGGUUUCCCUUCGGCAUUAGUUUUUAAUAAAAUAAAACCAUAAAAUGGUCAAACGGUGUUGUUAUGGCACCUGCAACACUGACAGCAGAUAUAAGGACCGAGUUGAAAACGUCGUUUUUGUCCCUUUCCCGAAGCCAGCUAAGGAUAUUGGAAAUAAUAUUUACGUUGGAUAAAGUUAUGCGGACGACCACAUCAACAGCUGAACGUCAACAAACUAAGAAACCAUGGCACAGCUAAACAUUUCUACGUUUGCUCAAAGCACUUUGUUGAAGGCAAACCGACCCAAGACCACCCUGACCCUCUACCAGCAUCACCUUUUGAUCGUCCAUCAUCUGUAAGGCGCCCACCAAAGCUGCGAAAAGAGCCACAGCCGCCCAGGAAGAGUGCCACUGCUGAAACCAUGAGCGUCAUCAUGGAGCAUCAGGGCCCUACUCCACACACCCUGGACCCUACUCCACACACCCUGGACCCUGCUGCACUCACUCAGGGGCCUACUCCACACACCCUGGACCCUACUCCACACACCCUGGACCCUGCUGCACUCACUCAGGACCUUACUCCACACACCCAGGACGAUGAUGGAUCUGGACUGUUGGACAUGCUGGCGUUGGCUGCUGAAAAUGACACACUAAAGAUGCAGGUGGCCAAAUUGAUAAUUGAAAAUGAGGCACUUCUGCGUGAACGAGCAACACAAACGAACAAGGAAGAAGAACAAAGAGAAGAUUUUGGUGUGUCGUUCCUACAACAUAGCAAGGACAGUUUUGUGUAUUACACUGGAUUUACAGGCGAACAAUUUGAAGUUCUUUAUGACUUCCUAAUCCCUGUCAGGGCUCGUGUGUUACCCUUUACUAUGACCCGAAAUGUAGGUUCUCAGAAUAGGAUGUCAAUGGAAGAUCAGCUUCUUUUGGUUUUGAUCAAAUUAAGACAGAGUUUUGAUUUCAUGCACAUAGGCAACUUAUUUAAAAUUUCACACCAAGACGCAAGUUCUCUUUUUAACAAUUGGAUAAACUAUAUGUUUUUUAGAUGCUCCUCCAUCAACAUGUGGCCACAUCGUGAUACAAUUAUUGAAAUGAUGGCAGAACAUUUUAAAAAAGAAUUCCCAAAUACUUUACUCAUACUUGAUUCAACCGAGAUUAAAAUUUAGCGCCCCAGCUCCAUGACUCGUCAGAGUCAGUGUUACAGUGAUUACAAGUCUUGCAACACACUAAAAGGACUAGUUGGGAUAGAACGAAGGGGUGGAGUCAUCUUUGCUUCGAUGCUUUUUACAGGAGGAAUAUCAGACAAAGAUCUCACUCGUCAAAGUGGGCUUCUACAAACAUUAAAAGAUUUGAUCACAGAGGGGAAGAUUAAUGUAGGGGAUGGUCUCAUGGCUGACAAAGGGUUUAGGAUAG